AUGCCAGUCAUUCUGGCAUCCAAGCGAGGAGUGAUCAAAGCAGCAAUCAUCAAGGGGGACGCCCCCCUGUUGUUGAGCAGAUCAGCAUUGAAAGCCUUGGGGGCAACGUUGAAUUUUGAGAAAGACUGUUUACAUGUUUUUCAACAAGUGGUGCCAUUCAAGACCAACAGUGCCGGACAGUACAUUGUUCACUUGGUAGGACAGCCAGCGGAUCCAGUGUUUGCUGCCUCUUUCGAUGAGGUGAUGGCUUCAGUGGAGGCUCCCGAUGUUGAACCGGAGUCCAAUACUGCACCUCCGGAUUCAGCAGGCACCACAGCAUCCGUGCCUGCCGACGAGAUUGCCUGUGAACCUGAUCCUGCCGUCAAGACAUGUUUAGCAGUGCAUGCUCGGAAGCUGGUGGAAGAGGAUUUGAUCACAGAUCCGCCAGAGCUUUUGGUCUUGUGUCCGCCUUGCACGGAUGAGAGCGGAUGGGUGUAUGGAUUGCGCCUGCCAUCCAGUGAGCACUACAUUCGUAAGAGCACCCGUCUGUUAGUUUCGCACUCCGAUAUGCAGUCUUUAGGACUUCUCUGUACAGGUGAUGCUAAGCACAGCUGUCAUGACACCGUAGGAAUGGAUGUGAAGCACUUGAAGGGUUGGCUUCCCAAUCAGAAGAUUCGUGCCGUGAACCUGGUGGACACAGCGAGUGGGUUCCAGAGGAUGAUACCAUUCUUUGAGACCGAGAUUACCUCAGACUUGUUGAAUGAGCCACAAUCCGUGAUUGCUAGCACCGCAGCCUUAACUGAUGAAGGCCUUGCUCGUGCCCAAGCGAUGAGAACCGCCGCUCGUGUUGCGCUCGUGAAGAUGCAAGAUGACAGGUUGAAAAUGUGUCACCGCCGGAGGAGCCACCAGAUGACAGUCUGUAAAGAUGAGCCGAUGACACUGUGGCGUCCAGCUGCUCUGAACCAGGAUGAUUUUGUAGAUGUGAUGCGUGAAGUGGAGGCCCUGUCAGUGCAAGAAGUGUCAUCUCUGUUGGACAUCGCAGACACCCAACCCUGGGAAUGCCUCAUGUCAGAGCCGGUCCCCUGGAAGAGUCGUUUAGGCCACUUUUCGCACACCAACCACCAGGGGGUAUCCCUGGAUUGCCAGAAGACGCAGUGA